CCCAGUGGCCAGCCGAGAGUGACGCAAGGCGGCGCCUGUGGGAGAAUCUGUGCUCGCAUUUGUUCGAGAAAUUCAAAGGGAACUUGUUCAAUGAAAUUGCAGAUGAACUUUAUGAUGGUGGUGGUAAGUUGGUGAUGUACAACUGCUUGCUUAUCACAUUAUUCUUUUAAAAAAAAGUUGUUUUUUUUAAAUGCAAGUCUGUUGUGCAUGAAGAUUUACAGUGAACUUGGACCAGUGUUUCCCAGCAUCUUUUUUACCACACCCCACUUGAGCACCUGAAAAGGGUCAGUGCCCCUGCCCACCCCAACCCUGUGCCCAAAGGGGAGGAGCUAAAAACAGAAGGGUCCAUGAUGCUGUCAGGAAGAUUGAAGUUCAUUUUACUGACUGGCCUCAAAAUUGAACGCUGUGUGAUGAAUUUAAACAAUAAUUCAAAUAUAUGAGUAUUGCGAUAAAUGGAGACAACAAGGGAGUUAGCCUAAAAAAAAGUGCAAAUGAUGAACAUAUAUUUUUGCGUAACAUUUUUAACUUUGUCUCAGAUGAUUCUUAUUUUAGUUAUAGGCUGAUUUCAGUUACUUACUUGUAUGUUUGUUUGUUUUUUGUUCUUUUGAAAAAAAGAUGUUUUGUAGCUUAACUUCUGUAUUUCCCCAGCUGACGAGGAUAUCCUGAUCCCAAUGUUCGUCGACCACGAUCAUCUCAACAGCUAUUUCCUGAAACCUAAAGGCAUCCAGGCUGCCAAAAUGGUUGUUGGCGUGAUCAAUCGCCUGAGCCCUGACAUUGUCUACUGCCCCAUGUUGUUCCCCAUGUCAUCCCUCUUUCUUCACUACAUGACGGCCGAGGCGUGCUUCAACUGCAUGCAGGCUCUCCUUGGCGCCAACAGCAAGAAGCCCAGCUUAUUCUUCCUCACCCAGACUAAGGUCAAAACCGAAGCCUCAAAGUAUGUUCUCUUGGAUCUGGCUAAAAAAUACACAGUGAGUUUUUCUUUUUGCUAA